GGUUAAUCAAUUUCGUUUGUAAUAACUAAUAUAAGGCCACUUAUGGCAGCGCAGUAGUGAAAUGAUAACGCUACGACUGUCAUCUUACUUGUGAUCCUCUUUCUUUUCGUUAUUCUUAUGGGAAAGAAUGAUCAAAAUAAGUGGAAAUACUGUUAUACCUUUUGUCACUUGGGCACAUACUCCACCUGACCAUCAAAUAACUUCCAUUUUAUUGUCUGAAGAUGGGGAAAGUGUCGCCACUGGAUCGGCAGAUGGGAAUAUUAUUCUAUGGAGUAUAGGAAAUUCCUGCUCAUGUGCUCCAAGGUGGAUGCUAACUGGGCACAAGUCCUUGGUCUCCAAUCUGUGCAUUGCAGGAAGGUCUCCCAUAACCAAAAAUCAAUUUUUCUUUAGCUAUUCAAUCAAUGGCGAAAUGGCUGUUUGGAAUUGGAAUGACGGCAAAUGCUUAGAAUUCAAAAUGGACACACGUUAUCGUCAUACAUAUAUCAAAUCACAUCAGACAUGUUACCUUGACUAUCGUCUACUUUUUUGUUGUGGUCAAUAUGCACAUAUUGUUGUAUUACAUGCUACUUCACUGGCUGUUCUAUUCACUUUGGCUUCAAAUUCACAACCGGAUUGGAUAUCUUCAUUUGUUGUUGUUACACAUCCAAAUCAACGAAAUGAAAUCGUUUUAGGUCUUUCAUACUCCAAUCUAGCUGUAUUAUGGACGCUGGACGGUGAAGAAACACAAGGUGAAGCAAAAUAUGAACACGAAUCACGAUCUAUUAAUUGUCCAUCUACCAUAAUACAAGUUGAUUGUUGUCCACAAACACCUCGAUGUAUAUUAUUAGUUUGUUCUAGUGGAUGGCAACUUUUCGAUGCAAUGACUUGUUCUAUUAAUUGUACAGUAUCGAAUCCAACAAAUGAUGUAUUAGUCGGUGGGAGUUUCAUUCAAUCUAAUGUUAUAAGUGUCUAUGGUCAGUCGGGAUUUGUUUAUUUGUAUAGUUUACCAAAAAGUCUUAUUAUCUAUUCAAGAGAUUCUAUCUGCACAGAUGUUCCAGUGCAUAUAGCCACUUUCUCUCCUUUUGAUGUUAACAACAGUAGCAAUAUUAAAACAAAAAUAGACAAAGGUGUAGUUGAUCGCUGUAUAAAUUCAAUAACUACUACUAUUAUGACUGUACAAAAGUUUGGUUGUUUCACUUCAGCAUUUAUUCAUCCUAAUGAUAAUAAUCAAUAUCUACUAGCCGGUACUACUCAUGGACAAUUAUUAGCUUGGUGUAUAAAACCAGAUUCAUUCACGUUGAAUAUUGUCGAUGAACAAAAGAAACAAAUGUUAGAUAAUUCAAUAGUGAAAAGUGUGCCUAUUACGCCUCCAAUUAUGUGUAGUGAUCUACAUACUGUAUGGAAAAAACAUGCAUUGCCUAAUAUAGCUAUGUUUUUGACAAGCUCUAUUACAAACUCGAAAUAUUCAAAUAUAAUUAGCCCCAAUCAUUCCUUAUUAGGUGAUUCGUUGACGGCUUCCCCGAUAACCAAUCAAAUAUUGUGUAAUGAUAAUAAUGAUAAUAAUAACGGUAACAAUAAUCUAAGUGUAACUGUUUGUAUACAACUUAAUCAAAUGACCACAUAUCAACGUGUCCAGGGUUCACCCCCUACAAUUCAUCCAUAUCGUUUAGCUUUUGGUUUAUCUAAUGGACGUAUUAUAAUUGUUCGUAUGGUUGAUUUUUUAAAAACAAUUUAUUGGCACCAUGAUCAUCCUGAUAACAGCCAAGAUGAUCAAUUUUCAAUGCAACAUCAUAAUCAGUUGUCCAAGUUUUGUUUAAAUGGUCAUAUUGGUCCUGUGACAAGUUUAUUACAUCCAGCUAGUUGUGAAAGACAAUCAUAUUCAUCAAAUGAUUCCAAUUCAGUAAAUUACAAUAACAAUGGAGAUAGUAUGAGUACUACUAAUAAUAAUAUCAGUAGCACAAUUACAGAUUAUCAAUUCAAUCCAGAUUUUCUAUUGUCUGGUGGAAUGGAUUUCACUGUUCGUUUAUGGGAUUUAAAUUCAUGGUAUGAAUCUACUGGCAACAAUAUUAGUAGUAGUAGUAGUAGAAAAUAUGUUGGCAAUAAUUGUAGUAAAUCAUUAUGUCUAGCUGUAUAUCGAUGUCAUGCAUCACCUUGUAUUGGCCUAACAAUUGGUCCUCCUAUUUCUUCUGUAAUCAAUAUGGUUGCUGGGAAUCCGAGACUUUCGACAACUAUUUGUUCAUUUGGUGCAGAUGGUUCAGUCUGGUUAAUUAAUUUAAAAGAAAAACGUCCCUUCCUUUACGCACGUAAUACAAGUAAUUUAUCUUCAUGUCCAGUUGUAGCUAUUGGUUGGAGACUAGCUGAAGAUCUUUUAUUUAUUAAUUAUUUAGAUGGUACAGUAACAGUAUGGGAUAUAAACAUGGGUUGUUUAGAACGUAUUGAAACAGAACAAUCAGCUAGAGAUCUUUUUGAACAAGCUCAAUUCAUUACUGAAGUUUAUCAUCCAUCAACAUUUUUAAAUUUUACAUUUUCCACUUUACCAUCAAUAACAAUGUCAUCAUAUAAGUCUAGAUCAUUAGCUGGUGUACCAAAUCAAUAUUCAGUUUAUACAUCAUUAGCUACACCAUUUUGUGGUGGUGUCAAUUCAACAUCUUCCUCUGGUACAAUUCAUCUUACUGCACCUAGUCGAUUAAAGUAUUCAACAAUUGAUGAUUUACAAAAAUUAUGUACAAAUAAUUUACCACCUGUACAAUUACAUUUAAUUGGAUCGAGAACAGUAACAAAUAGUCAAGAUAAAGUUGAUAUAAAUGAUGAAAAUCAAUUGAAAUGGAAUUCUGGUCCAGCUGCAUUUGUUUUUCAUUGGGAUAUUGAAUCACUUAUUGUUGAUAUUUUAUCACAAAAUUAUGGAGUUUCAAAGGAUAUUAACGAAAUGAUUAACUAUAAUAGUUCAACAAUAACAACAACAGAAACAACACCAACCUCAUCAUCAUCACUCUAUCGUGAUGAUAUAUUCACAAUGGAUGUUACACAGGCAACAUUUCUACAAAUUAUCAUUUCAUUAAUUCAUCCAUGGGGUAUAGAUUUGUCAAUAGAUGAAAUUAUUCAAAAAUUAUGUCAUAAUCAUCAAUCUAUCGAUAAAGAUAAGUUGAAAACCCUGUUAAAUAAUAGUCGACAACAAUUACGUACACAUGAAUCACCAAUAUGCGUUGGUCUAAUAUCCAAAUGUGGUUGUAUGAGUUUAAGUAUGCCUGGUUAUUGUACAAAAUCAACUAUUGUAUCAAAAUCUGGAUCUAUUCAACAAAUACCACAUCCAUAUUGUCUUUCUUCAAUUAUUUCAACAAAUUUAAUUCUAUCUGGAGUUAGUUUAACUGAAUUAAUGACAUCAUUAAAUUGGAAUUAUCUUCUACGUUUAUCGCAUACAAUCUUUGGUGAUAAUGGGACAGGACUAUCAUUAUCAUCGUCAUCAUCAAAAUUUUUAUCUGAUAGUAAUAUAAAUAUAACAAUUCUAAGUAAUUGGCGUAUAAUUUGGUUACAGUUUGGUGCAUUUCUAUUAGAACAUUUCAUUGGUUUAAUUUUAUCUAACAAGAAUAGUUCAAUUAGUGAUGAAAAACUACAACCGAUCCUACCACCACUUGAAUUAAAUUUAUUUGCACGUAAAUGGCAAGAUCGUUGUUUACCAAUUCGGUAUGCUGCUCGAACAUUAUUACUUUCAUGCCUUGAUCAAUUAUCAUUGGAUGAUCGAAAAUUGUUAGUCACUUAUUGGUCGGCUUUACUUCCACCAUUCGCUCUUACUAAUCAAAAACAACAACAAUCACAACGUCAAUUAAUUCAACAAAAUUCACUGGAUUCCGCGAAUCGUUUUAGUUAUCAGAUUAUAGAUAUUUUAGCUCAUAAUAAUCAUACAGAAGAAAAAAUUGUACGUAAGCAAAGUUUGCCAUCAAUGAAUGGUUUAGACAAAAAUGACAAAUCCAAUGAAUUAAAGAAUUUAUCUAAUAAAGAUGCAUUUGUACAGUUGAGUAGUACUACUAUAAUUUCUACUACUACUACUACUACUACUAAUGAUAUUAUUGAUGAUGAAGUCAAUCAACAAUUAAUAUCAGAUAAACAACAAGGUACACCAAGUAAACAACAAUUCUCAACAGACUCAUUACCGAAUCUAACUGAAUCUGUUAGUUUGUCUAGUUUAACAUCAAAUCUUAAUAUGUCUAUGGUACUGGAUAGUUCAUGGUGGAUGACAUUAAACGGUUAUCGUAUAUCACCUAGAGAACAUGCACGUCUUCAGAGAGAUAUACAAAGGUGUCAGGCUAUAGCUAUUAUGCUAAUGGGCGUAAUUGGUGUACGUUUUGGUUCAUCCACUAAACGGCGUCAUCCAGCUGUUGUUGUACGUGACUUGAUCACUCAACCAUUAGUUAUGACUAAGAAUCGAACAUAUGAAGUAAUGAAUUAUUCUAAUUGCGGUUUGGCAUCACCAUGUUUCGCUGCACCUGAUAAUGAUGACAACGAUGAUAGGGAAAAAUUAGAAAUGACCAAAAUAGCGGCAAUGCAAGUUCCAUUUAAUCAAUCAGAAGAAGUUCCAUUAUCUGUGCAAAAAUUCUCACAAUACACAAGUAAUCAAUCAUCUGAGAUACAAGAUGGUUUCGGAUUGGAUAAUCAUUAUCUUGCUAGAUCCACUUAUCAGUGUUUAUCAGCUUUAUUGUUUAAUGGAGGCUAUCCAGUUUUAUUGCCUACUGACAUUAAUAAUCCUGAAAUUGAUUGGAAUAAAUUCCAUGAGCAGAUUGUUGGCAGUCGUUCUGAAGUAUUACCUGUACAUGCAGCCAAUGCCUUGAUUACAUUACUAACAUCGAAUAUGAACAGUACAUUGAGACGAGCUGCAAUUGAUUUAUUAGGUCGUGGUUUUCCUGUCUGGGAACCGUAUGUUGAUGUUGGGCAUGUGAUCAAUGUUUUACUCCUGUUAGCUGCCGAUGCUGAAAUGUUGUUGUCAAGUAAUAAAUCAUGUCAACUUAUCUCAGAUCGUGUUGAUUUAGCACGUACAGCACGUGAAGCUUUAUGGGCUAUUGGAUUUGCACGACCGAAAUUGAUUACUCUAGCAUUAUCACUUGAAGUUCGACGAUUCGGUGCUCAAAUUAAUGCAGCCGCUUCAGCAAUAACAUCUAACUCUGGUCGAUCAUCAAUUUCAACAUCAUCUCCAUCGAAUUCAAAUCAUAUUCAAUCAUCAUGGAGUUUAACAAAAUCGCUCUCAAAAGAUUCUGAUAAUCAUCAUCUAGUCACUGUGUCACGUCGUGAUUCAAUAACUAUUGGAAAUGAAUUUCAGUCUUCAACUGCUUCAUCGAACAUGGUAGUUAUGAUGACUAAUCCAACUGUAGCUACACCUGUCUUCAGCUCUAAUGCUGGUGUCAGUGGUAGUAAUACUGGAACAAAUUCAAAUCGAUAUGCUACUACUGGAUAUGGAGGUACAGACUCUUCAGUGUUGUCUAAUCAACAAUGUCCGCCAAUGUUUAAAGCUCGUGAAGAAGUAUUACGUUUAUUUGAACAACUUUGUAUUCGACGACCAAAUGAUAUUAAAGAUGUAUUACCGGAAGUUGUUGAAGUGAUCUUAGCUUGUUCUGAUCGUACACGUUUAAAAGAACGUGGACUAGAUUAUAUAUUUCCUGCGCUAACACCUUUCCAUGCAUAUUCAAGUCAUACACGUUUACAGAAAGCAUGUACAGGCGGUGUUAAUGGUUCUUUAACAUUUUAUGAUUUUAAAAUUGGACGAUAUUUUGUAACAAUGGGGCAUAAAGGUUCCGUCACUGCUAUUUGUUUUAAUUCUGAUGGUCGACAAGUAGCAACUUAUUCAUUGGCUGAAAGUACACUACGUAUAUGGCAGGUAAUUUUUUUUUGUUUCAUCUUAUUGUUUCUGGCUUCUUUUCAAUGAUUUUUCUCUCUCAUUUACUCUUGAAAUCUAGCGAAAUCUUGAAAUAAAUUCUAUAAUGAGUAUCAUUGUUAGUUGUAAUACCGUUUUAUAAAAGCAGAGAAUAUUUCAUAGUUAAUUAUUUGAAGUUGGAGAUGUCUACUAAUGAAUUCCAACUCAAUUGUUCAAAGAUAUCGUCGUCAAUAUAAAACUUUUGUUGUUUCCCCUGUCUUUAGUGUUUUUGAGUAUGCACUGAUGCGAUAAUUAACAAAGUAUGAAUCUACAUCUAUCUCACUUAAAAAUCGAUAAUUGCCUUCUUAUGUCUGAAGCGGUUUCGAAUUCACUUAGUCAGCGAACGGAACAAAGACUUGUAACCAAAGACUAAUAAGCUAGCUAUUCUGACGCUUCCCAAACCCAGCUAAUUAGAGUAAGAAGUCCAAGUUGGAACUGAGGAAGAUAUAUUCCGUAAGCAGCUAGAAGCACAGCAAUCACAAUAGGUAGAAAUCAAACGUAUAUAUACAGCAUAAAAUUGUCCUUGAGAAGCAUUACAAAAUAGCACACUAAAAGAUAUAACGGACCGAUAGCGUUUGAAAUAUUUCCAAGUGGGAAAUACGAUUCAAAGGUGAAUUGAGCACUUUUGGCGCGAAAACAAAGAAAUUCAAAUUUUCAAAAUAAAAUUACGAAAAUAAGUCAUUUACCAAGUGAGUUCUGGAGAUUUAGCAUCCUCAACAUGCCUUGACAGAGAGUGCAUUAUCUCUAACAAGUCAUCGGAUUAUAUACAUCAGUUAUAUUACUAAAAUACAUUAAAAAUAAAAAAUAACGGUUUGUACAUAACUGACACAAAACAAUACAGUGGGUGGAUAAUUAACAAUAAUUGAGAAACGGUGAAACAAAUAACAUCAGUUAACUACUUAUAAGUCUACGAUUUGAACACUUAUUGCUGGCUUCAUAGAUGUUUCCUAUAAUCAUUGACUAUUUCUGCACUUCAGUUUGAACAGUGGGGAAAAGGUGCGAAAUGUAAGUAAGCGCUUCAGUUUAAGGUUAGUUUUUAUGUAUAAAAAUCGAGUAUAUUUCUUAUGUUUCAUAUGAACUUGAUGUUAUAGAACUUUCUGGAGACGCUGAACACAGUAACAGUAUAGUUAACCAUUGAAUCGAAAUUUGGCAUGGGGUUCUUGAUUUUUCUGUAUUUUUAAUAAGUUUGAAUUAAAAACUGAUUGAAUUAAACAUUUGGUGAUGUUUUCUGACCUUGUAGAGACUUUUCCGAGUGAUAUUGUUGAAUUCUCGAACAUUGAGUGAAAUGAAAGUUAACAAUGAGAGUUGUACAGGAGAAUACCAUAGUUCUCAAGUGUAUAAUAAUUACCUAGUUAAAACGUAUCAGUCUAUCAAACAUAAAGUAAUACCUGUCAUAUAUGUACAUCAGUUGAAGUUGCCAUACUUUAUCAGAACAGUGAGAGAAAAUUGUCUGUAUGAAUGUCAGGAAAGUAGAGGGAGUAAAGAUAUUAGUGGUCGAAUAUACGAUCCUUGAAAUUAUAAACAAGUGGAAUACAAAAAGAUUUAUGGGAAAUUUACAAAUGUAGGAUCUAAGAAAGACAAAGAGUAAAUACAAUUGUGUCUUUGCGAAGAAUUUUGAACCAUGUUACCCAAAAGUCUCUAAACAUUAAUUACGAUAACAACGUGAAUGACAACCAGGAAGUAUUCACUUACUUAAAUGGCUCAGUCCAAUAGCUGAUAUUUUUGUUGAAUGAUUCCAUGUGUUGGUGUAGCUGCCCCUGACUUUCCUCCAGCCUACUUGUACACCAGCCAUAAUCGCCCGUCGAGGUUAUCGGUGAAUGAACGUACGUAAUAUAUAUAUCUUAAUCAUCUAACCUAGGAAUUUCUUGAUCAUUGGUCCCUGUGAUAAAAUACCAGUAACCUCCGAAGAUCCUCUCUCUUUAAAGAAGAUAAUUUUUUAAGUAGAACGAAAGGAAUUGUUGAACACUAAACUCAUCCUUCAUAUUAGCCGACGAAUAUCUCUCUCUCACUCAUACAUAAUUUUUUUAUUUACUGCAUUUUUUUUAAAUAGCUACAUACAACUGGAUUUUUUGGUAUGGGUGGACAACAAGUUAAACCAUUAUCUAUUCAUCCUGUACCACCAUUAAUUCCUCCUCCUCCUCCAUCUUCCACUUCAUCAUUAUCACGUAAUGAAUUUAUUAAUAAUAAUGACAUGAAUAAAAAUCAAUCUACACUACCAGAUCGUUUAGAAGUAUGGAUUGAUUGGCCAGAAUCUCGUGUUUUGCAUUUGGUUACAAAUAUUGGUAUUAGACGACGUAUUGCAUUAUGAAAAUAACAAAUAAACAAAUAUUUAUCUAUUUAUCUAUUUCAUUUACUUGUUUAUGCUUCUCCUUACACUUCUGAUUCUUUUAUUGUUUAUCAUUACCAUUAUGUUAUCAUUAUAAUGUUUGUUAUUGUUGUUAUAAUAAUGAUGAUUACAAUAAUCAAGCGCAUUACAGUUAAUAUCAGACAAUUGCUUUUAAAAUAAAAAGUAAGUCCAUAAGUCAGAGAAUCUGACACCAUUGCACGCAUACACAUACACACACAUAACUCAUGCAUUCCGUGUAAUCACUAUAAAACUGGGAACUAAAAAUAGAAAUAGAGAGUGAGUGUGUAUCCUGUUGAUUUUCUGUUAUUAUUAUCAUUAUAAUUGUUAUUAUGAAUUACACAAUUUAUAAUUGAAAAUUAUACAUUCCUCUUAUGCAUUCUUAUUACUAUCAUCACAAUCAUCACUAAUUUAUACACACUAUAAACACAUCUAUUCAUGUAGAGUAUAAAAAUGUAGGUGAUGUACAAUUAUCUGAAUUACGAAUGAUUCAUUAAUGUUGAAGAGGAAGAAGAAAAAAAACUUGUUUGUUCAUUUGUUUCAACAUCUUUUAACUGUAAUUAUUUGUCUCUUCUUUCAUGAUAGGCGUGAAUUCCCAUAUAUUUUACCGAAUCAACAAAUUAACAGACCUAUCCCCCCCACCCAUCACUUUUUUAUCAUUUAUUUUGCAUACUACUUACACAAUUGUUAGUAGUUUAUCUUGAAAAUAAUAAUAAGUUAACAGUGAUGCAUGUUAUUUACCUAUUGACAUACCUCUAUGUAUGAUUAGUGUGUUUAGCUAAAUCUUUCUGUUCUUCUCUUUGUUUCGUAGUUUAUAAAAUUCCAUAAUGCAUCUUGUUUUUCUCAUCACUAGCUUGUUGUAUCUAUCAGGAAAGAAAAAUAAUGGUGGUGACAAUGUCACCGAUAAUAAUAGUUCCAUUAGAUGUUAACUCGUAUUUUUUUUUAUUAGAAAAAAACUUCGAGUUGAACUUUUCCUGUCAAUGUUAAACCUAUUUUCAUUAUUCAAGUUACACCAGUAAAUGUGCAGUAAUAGCAGGCCUGUGAUUAAUCCAAUUUCACUAUUUAUGUUAUUUGAUUUGUUUUUCUUCUUUCUUUUCGAUUAACUUUUGUAGUCAAAUGUAUACAUGGCUUUGUUUUGUGUGUACUUAUCUCUCCUUUCCUCCUUUUGUUUGACUUCACUUUCAUUCCUUGUUCUUACUUAUUAAUAGAAUUCUAUACAAAAAAUGAAAGAAACAUUUGUAUUUAUCCCAUAUCUUCUGUGUGUAUCAUUUCUUUCACAUGUUUAUUUACAUUUGCCAACAUUUUUUUUAUAUUUAUGACAACGCAAAGAAUAACUAGUUGUUUCGUACUUCUCCUUCUUCUUUGAGUUUGUUCUUGUUAUAUUACGUUUUUGAUUCCUUCUGCCUUUUUCUCCUGAUUGACUUAAUUGUGGUUUUGAGUUAUUCAGGAAUAUAUAUAUACAUGAAAUAUACUAAGAAAUAUAUAACUGACAGUUAAUGUGUUUCCUCUUCAAUCUUUUUUUAUGUUGUUAACAAAUAUCAGUUAUUUGCUGUCAAUACAAAAGGAGCGAUGUAUCAAUGAUCAAGACGUUCAACUUAUAACCACCCACUCUCACGUUCGAACCAUGCUCUAUCUACUUCAAUAUAGGCGACCAAAUAGCAUCAUUAGUUCUCGUACUUAGAUUUUGAUUUGAAGUCAAGUACAUAAAUCUGUACAUAGUAAAUUAGUGUUAUUCAUCCAAUCCAGACUGCAUCGGUAGCAUUUGAUCACCAAGAAUUAGACAUGACACUGCAGUUUAUCAGCGAUAUCUUUCUUUUCAGGCAUUGUUAGUCAUAUCAUUAGUGCACUUUUCGUAUUUGUUCAUCAACCUCAUCAUGAUGUUCUUUUAUAUUGCUGUAUCUUCUGAUCAUAGGUUUUAUUCAAGAUGAAGAUCAGAAGUAUUCAGUAUUCAUAGCGUAUUCAACGAAAAUGGUAGAUAUGGGAGCUGUUCAAAGGUUAUAACUGUAUGGGCUAAGCGAGUCUAAGUAAAUCACGUAGCCACGUUAUACCAUUGCAAGUUUAAAUGACAGAUCAGGAAGCGUAACCGAAAUACAUUUUUGGAUCAGAAUUACAGAUGCAUAGAUACCAACGAUUUGUGUAUACUUUAUUUGGUUUAUCAAUUACAGAUUUCUAGUCAUUUUUCCAUUAUUUUCACUUUCAUACUCGGUUGGAGAUGUAUCUUGCGGGACGUAGAACAACUCUAUGACAAGGUCAUUCAUAAAUUUCUGAAACCAUAAAAUGAGGUCAAUCUGAAAUUGUUAUUACUAAGAAAACUAGAAGGAACACUAAGAACAACAAGGUUUACGGGGUAAAAUGAAUUCAUUCUACUUCAUGGCCUCUCAUCAGUUGCAAACAGCUGAAAAUGACGUUAAAUAAUAUAGUUCUGCACGAAAGUUUAACAAACAUUAGUCAUUGAAAUCGAAAUGCUUUCAAGAUUAAACCAAUAAUCAUAGAAAUGUACAAACCUCAGGC